ACGUCAUUACGGUGCGCCCACAUGUGACCAGAGCGGUCAGAUGUCUAAAGGGCUGUCGGACGCCGGUAGCUUGUCAAAUGAUAUGAGGGAUUCCUCUCACACCGGUCAUAUUUUACCACAGAGGGCGACGGACCAAAAACACUCGAAGGAAUGUCGUACUGCAAGCAGGAGGGUAAAGAUCGCAUCAUCUUUGUGACCAAGGAGGACCACGAAGCUCCCAGCAACGCUGAACUCGUCGCAGAUGACCCGAAUGAUCCGUAUGAGGAGCACGGUCUGAUCCUGCCAAAUGGAGACGUCAACUGGAACUGUCCUUGUCUGGGCGGCAUGGCCAGCGGGCCGUGUGGCUCCCAGUUCAAAGAGGCCUUCUCCUGCUUCCACUACAGUAAGGAAGAGGUGAAGGGCUCCGAGUGCAUUGACCACUUCCGCGACAUGCAAGAGUGCAUGCAGAAGUACCCUGAGCUCUAUCCUCAGGAUGAAGAGAAGGAUAGCUCCUCCCAAGCAGAGUCCGGCUCUGCCUCACCGACUGAAACUGACUCUACCACAGCCACCUCAACAUCCGAAUCUGCCGUCUCACCUGACAGCGCGUCCCCUACAGACGACCAGACUGCCAGCUAAGCUAAGGUCCAUCAGUUAUCAUCCAGGCGUCUGUUUGCGAGCACUGCCCAGCAAAACUGACUCCGCGUCAGAGCUUUACAGGCCAUCAGAGAAGGACUUGGUGAAUGCAGGGGAACAUAGCAUAUGUACAAGAGUUUAGGCUGCUUUUUUUUGCUGAGCAAUCAAAAAUCAUUGAAAUGAUAUGAUUUUAAUGACAGCUGACCAAGUGGUUUGCUGCAGGUGCAUUAGUUGAAUGACUCGCUUUAUAUGCAAUUGGAAUUGAAUUUAUGGCUUUUUAAUCAGAAUAGUUUUGUUUGUUGGUGUUCAUUAUGUGUGUUGUUUGAGUAAUGGCUGGAUUUUUUUUUAUUUUGAGCAAUGUUCAUCUUUUCUUAAGAAAUCUCCUUUGACCGGUAUGUCUCUUGCUAUGAUUUAACAGAUAAUCCAUUUACUUUCCAUCAUUCGCGACCAAUAACCCGGUAAUUGGUCAAGACCAAAGUGUUUUUUGGCAAAUUCAACUAUUCACUGAUAUUUAGGCCUUAAAAGAAUUUAUGACUAUUUCUCAGACAUGUCCAGAUUAAAAUUAUGAUCAAACAAUUUUAAAUUACUUUUUCAGUUUUUGUUCUAAAGUUGUGGCAAUGUCCUCCAUAUGUCAGUCAUUUUCUCCCUCACACAUUGCAAGUUGGAAUCUUUUAGAAUUUCUUUUCUUACUGAAUUUGCCAAUAAGAUUUACAAGUUGAGAACAAUAACACAGAACCACACCAAUAUAUUUUACAGCCUUGAUUGAAUUGCCUGUAUCCUAUUUAUAGUUAACAUUCUGAAUGUAAACAUCUGAAUUAUUACGGUUUUCAAAAUGGUUUAUAUUUAAUAGUUUCAAACAAAAAGAAUGCCAAUCUACUAGACAUUCAAAGCUCAGGUUUAGUCCUUAUAUUUCCUGAAUAAAACUAACAACAUUGAAGAUUUUA